CGGGGUAGGCGGUGCGCAUGGCGGCGGCUCUGGGCGCCUGAGCGGGCCGGGGCCAUGAGCGCCGCCCGGCCCCAGUUCAGCAUCGAUGACGCCUUCGAGCUGUCCCUGGAGGACGCGGGCCCUGGGCCGGAGCCCAGUGGGGUCGCCCGCUUCGGGCCGCUGCACUUCGAGCGCCGGGCCCGGUUCGAGGUGGCCGACGAGGACAAGCAGUCCCGGCUGCGCUACCAGAACCUGGAGAAUGAUGAGGAUGGAGCCCAGGCCUCUCCGGAACUGGAUGGGGGAGUCAACACCAGGGAUUCCACCCGAACCUCCAUUCGCAGCUCCCAGUGGUCUUUCAGCACCAUCAGCAGUAGUACCCAGCGUUCCUACAACGCCUGCUGCAGCCAUCCUGCUUUCCUGCCCACCAGCUGGAUACAACACCCUCUCAUUCAGAAGAACCGCCGGGUAGUGCUAGCCUCCUUCCUGCUUCUGCUGCUGGGGCUGGUGCUGAUCCUGAUCGGCGUGGGACUGGAGGUGUCCCCUUCUCCAGGUGUUUCUAGCGCCAUCUUCUUCGUGCCAGGCUUCCUGUUGUUGGUCCCGGGAGUCUAUCACGUGACCUUCAUCUACUGCGCCGUUAAGGGCCACCGCGGCUUCCAGUUCUUCUACCUGCCCUACUUCGAAAAGUGAUCGGCGGCAGGGCGUCGGCCCGGAGCGCGCGCCCCUCGGAACCUCAUCUCACGGGAAGGACCCUUAAAACAGCCCCCUUGGGAGUUGGAUCAGGAAGUUCCAUCGGACCUGGAAAGAUGCCCCGCGUCUGCUCUGUGCCUUAACUUAUUCCCGGGCCCGGGGCUGCUGGGUCCGUGUUAUUUUGUGCUAAUAAAAGGAUGGUUAAUUGUA